UUUUUCGAGAUUGUCUGAUGAAUCUUGAUAUUUACGAUCUAAGGCGAACUAAACUUAGAUGAAUGUUCGUUAAAAUAGUAUACCACAAAACACGUUCGUCUGUUCGUGACUUUUUGAGUAAAAGCCUUCAGGCCAAUCCUUAAUAUCCGUUUGAGCGCGCUCAUUGGCCAACAUUGAAUGCUUGCUCACGAACGCAAAAUUCGUCUGUUUGGCUGCCAAGAUACGACACGUAAAGAAGAAAUGGUACAGAAGAAGGUCGUUUUCUUUAUAUUGCUAGCUUUAACUUUUCUACAGGCAUUCAUAUUCCUUUUUUACGUCAAAAACAAAGACUGGAAAUUGAAUAAUCGUUUUCGUUUGAGGAGAAAUGACUCCGAGGUAGUCGAGACCGAAGCUCGACAUCUUAGUGGGUUCAAUGAAUCUGAAAAGGAACUCGCUCUCAAUAUUAACUAUAGACCUUCAGUUAUCCUCACUACAGCAAAUAUGUCAAUUGAAGAGGAAAGGUUUUCAAAUUUUUCCCUUGAUAGCAGGAUUAUUACACCAGCCAUUGAUCAAGGCAAAGGAGAUAUCUUUCUGCUCGUUUUGGUAACGACGGUUCCUAAAUCUCUCGAGAGGAGAGAACUCAUUCGAAAUACUUGGGCGAAGACUGCUCAAACUCUACUAAUUCAAAGCAUGAAUGCUACGAACUUCACGUCUCAUGUCGUGUUUAUGCUAGGAAUAACAGGAGACUCCAAGCAAGACAGCGCAGUGGAAGAAGAGGCUACAAAGUAUGGAGACAUACUUCGAGUUCCGUGCAUUGAGUCUUACAGAAAUAUCAUCUCUAAAGUAUGGUUUGCGUUUGAAUGGGCUCUUUCGUAUCGUGCAAAAUACAUUCUAAAGGUAGAUGAUGAUAUAUAUGUCCGCCUGCCAAGRCUCAACUCAUGGUUAACGGAUGCAAAGGUGCCGCGUACACUUUAUGCAGGGUAUGUGCACUAUAGAGCCUAUAUAGCGAGAGAUCCGAAAAACUCGCAUUAUGUUAGUGAAUCUGAGUAUAACGAAAAGGUAUUUCCGAACUACUGCGCUGGACCGUGUUAURUGUUUUCAGGAARCUUGCUGGAUAAGUUUUUAGAAUUGUCCAAGUCAGUUCGUAAGUUUCAGGUUGAAGAUGCCUAUCUUGGAUUACUAGCUAAGCGAGCUGGAGUACAGCCCUUUGAUAUAGGUGGUAAGCUUUUCGUGUGGGAUAGAUCUUUGUCCCAUUCUGUUCGCCAAUGGAACGACCAAAGCCUUUCAGGGGUCAUUUGUUUAGGAGAUAGUUUAACUGAUGAAGCUAUCAAGUACAUACAUGCAAGAUAUGGGAAGAUUGGCCAUUCUUUUAAUCAGACGGUUGACGUGUAUAAUAUGGUAAAAGAAUACAAUUUUUUCCCCUAAGAAUCUAUCAACAGCUUUAUUUGUACAUUACUAAGAAUAAUGCAGUGUCCGUGGGGAACUUAUAGAAAAGGUUAURUCGUAGGUAACCUGAAAUGUCAUAAUUUCAAUCUAUGUCAGGUUACCUUUGAUUUAAAUGAUUACUAGAAGACCAUAAAUAAAUAAAUUCACCACACACACACACAAUUAAAGCACGCACGUAUCAAAUCAAUACCAAAAAAUAAAAGAGAAAACACGUUAAAACAAU